AUGGAAGAGGGGCAGAGAGACAUAUGGUACUAUGAAGAUGACUCCCAGCAGCAACAGCAACAGCAGCCUUCCCAGAUCCAGCAUGCCCAGCAGCAGCAGCAGCCUCCUCAAACUCCUUCAAACCCCCAUAACCCUCUGAUGCCCCCGUCUCAGCCCCAACUGUCCCAGGGACACCCUCAUCGGCAAUCCCAGCCCCUGGUGCCGCCUUCCAGACACUCGUCUUCCAGUUCAUCCGAAGCCCAGGCCGGAUCAGCUGGGGGCGUGGCUCACUCGGCAGCCGCAGCGGCCGCAGCAGCCCAGUACGCUCCAUUCAGAGCUCGAAUAACCACUACUUUGUGGGAAGAUGAAGGGACGCUGUGCUUCCAGGUUGAAGCACGAGGCGUGUGCGUGGCUCGUCGAGAAGAUAACAACAUGAUCAAUGGCACAAAGCUGCUCAAUGUGGUGGGAAUGACUCGAGGCCGGCGGGAUGGCAUUCUCAAGACGGAGAAAAUCAGACACGUGGUCAAAAUUGGCGCCAUGCAUCUCAAGGGCGUGUGGAUUCCGUAUGAGCGAGCGCUGGCGUUUGCUCAACGGGAACGGAUCGUUGACGUGUUGUACCCUCUGUUUGUGUCCGACAUUAAAGAACUGCUCUACCACCCUGUCAACUACUCGCGGACAGCCCUGGUUCUGGCGGUCGCCGAGCGGCGUAAAAUCGAACAACAACGACUUCAACAAUUGCAGGAGAUCCACGCCGGCAUGGACACCCAGCUAUUGACCCAGGGAGUUGCUCAGCCGGGAGUCCAGCAACAGGGUGCUCAGGUCGCUGGCCAACCUCAGAUCACCCCUUCCGCUUCCACUCCUUACUCUCAGUAUCAAACCCCUCCCCAGUCCCAGAUGACCAUGGGACAAUACCAGUCUUCGCAGCACUCGCAGCAGCAGCAACAGCCUGGGACACUUGGCCAGCCCAUCACCACCGGAGACCCCUACCCCCUCCCGUCGCUUCCCUCGACACAUGAAAACAACAUGCGCCAUGCCCAAAUUUACUAUCAUCAACAAUACGGCUACCCUUCCGACCAGUCUCUGCCACCGCCCUUGCGCCUUCACCAGCCCCAGCCCGGCCAGACUCCCCAACAACAGCCGCAGCAGCCGCAGCAUCAACAGCAACCGCAGCAUCAACAGCAGCAAUUGCCUCCUCCUCCGCAUUACGGGACCCCCGGAAACUACGGUAGCUAA